CGACGUCUGUCAGAUCUAUCAGUUUUUAUUUUAUUAUUUCGGUCGGUUUUAUAUUCUCGGGGCCGGGUUAAUAGGUUUUUUGCUUUUUCUGAUUUUUAUUUAAUUUUCAUACAUUACAUAGUCUUUAACCAUCUUAAAACUGCCUGAUUUUUGUUUGAUAAUAUAAGUGUUUUUUUUUGUCUAAAGUUUUUGGCUUUUAUUAUUGGACCGAACCGCGUAUUGUGUACGACGGGUAGUUUUACAUUAAUACGCACCCGACAUUUUGGCGACCGUGACAGGACUGGCAGUUUUACGGGUUGUGUUUAAUCUUGUAGUGUAUACGGACAUAUUUUGGCUACCCUACUUGAUCACCGGGCAAUCGGUCCGACGCGUUGUCGCCCUGGACUGGUGAACGCGGUUUAGCUGAUUAACAGUGAGUAUACAGUGCAUAGCAAUGGAUCAGAAAAAGAAAAGUCGGAGAGUACUCCGCACCAGCUUUACCAAGACCGCUGGUGAGUUAGAGGGUCUUUUGUCAUCACCGGAAGGAAAAGAGCGUGUGAUUACGGUCUCUUUAGAAUUGGUAAAACAGAAAAUUGAGGAUCUAAAGAGACUUGACGGGGAUAUUUAUGCUCUUAUGUUAGAAAAGGAUGACACGGCAGAGACAGACUUACUAGCAGAAAUGGAGGGUGCAGAUGGAUAUGUUAAAAGGUAUACAGAUCUGAGUCUUCAAUGUGAGGAAUGUUUACAGCCUAGGGUAAAGGCAGAUCCAGAUGAAGAGGUAAAUUCGGAGCGUAGUGUUAGCCACAGCAUCAGACAAGGUAGGCGUAAAUUUAAGUUACCUAUUCUCGAGUUGAAAAAAUUUGAUGGAAAUAUCAAAGACUGGUUGCCUUUUUGGUCUCAGUUUCAAAAGGUUCACAAUGAUUUGGAAAUAGACGACAACGACAAGGUCGAAUAUUUAAUUCAGGCGACGGUUCAAGGCAGUAGGGCAAGGCAACUAGUCGAAAGUUUUCCCGCUACCGGAAGUAACUAUAGUAAAAUGGUGGAGUGUCUUCAAGCGCGGUUCGGUCGGGAAGACCUCCAGGUAGAAGUUUAUGUGCGCGAGUUACUUAAAUUAGUUAUACACAAUACCUCGUCUGGCAAUAGAUUAGACAUAACUCGUUUGUAUGAUAAACUGGAAACUCAGCUACGGGCCUUAGAAACCCUCGGUAUUACGUCCGAUAAAUACGCGGCGAUGCUAUUUCCGUUGGUCGAGUCUUGCUUACCGCCAGAGCUGUUAAGAAUUUGGCAACGGACACCGGAUAUCGGAGACACUGGUAUAAAUUUGCAGGUUUCACUGGAUAAUACAGGUCUUACUACAAUCGAAAAUCGACUUAAAAGCCUCAUGAAUUUUCUAAAAUUGGAAGUCGAUAAUGAGCAACAUGUUUCUUUAGCAACAGAAGGUUUUAAUUUGCGAAGCACUGUUCAUAAGGAUGUUAAACGGGGUGGUUACCAAACAAAUAAAGCAGGCCAGGAUUUUGAGCCAAAAUUUCAAACCGCGAUGGGCUUAAUCAAUUCAGAUGGAACCACAAAAUGUAUUUUUUGUCAAAAUUCUCAUGAGAGCAGCAAUUGUUUUAAGGCGCAGAAAUUAGGUCGUGAGGAGAAAAAGGAUAUUUUGUCAAAAAAUAGUGCAUGCUUUCGAUGUCUAAAACUGGGUCAUUUUUCUAGAAAGUGUCGAGCACGCUUAAAUUGUAUAGUUUGCAGCAAAUCCCAUGUCACUUUAAUGUGUCCUGAACUUCCAUCUUGUAGCUCGGGUCAGUACAGCUCUGGUCGGAACAGCUCUGAGAAAAAGGACGUUAUGGAAAGUGUAGUACAAAACGUAAAUCAGACUCUGGCAAAUAGUUCUAAUACACACGUAUUUUUGCAAACUUUGCAGGUAAAAGUUAAGGGCGCGAAUAAAUCAAAGUACGUGCGUGCGCUGAUCGAUACCGGUUCCCAAAAAACUUAUCUUUUAAAAUCGACGGCUGAUUUUUUGGGUUACCAAUCGAAGAGGCAAAUUAACGUUAUUCAUGGUUUGUUUGGAGGCACUGAGUUACCGCAAGUCCAUUGCUGUUAUGACGUCACUCUUAGUCACAACAACUACAGCUGUAAUUUCGAGGCACUGGAUCAACCCGUCAUAUGCAGUGGAGUGGAUUCUGUAUUCAAUGGUCCUUGGAUGGAAGAGUUACGAACACUGAACAUCAAGAUAUCAGAUUCACAUAAUUCUGGCCCUAUUGAACUGUUAAUAGGAUCUGAUAUAGCGGGUAAAUUAUACACAGGCAAGAGACACAUUUUGAGAUGUGGACUGGUAGCUGUAGAAACUCUGUUAGGUUGGGUUUUGAUGGGAAAAAUACCAGUUGAACAAAAGGACACUUUGUCUAUGUCCGCCGUUUCGCUUUUUGUUAAUAACGCGUCCAUUUCAAACCUCUGGGAACUUGACGUACUAGGCAUAAGCGAUCCAGUGGAAAGAAAAACUCGGGAGGAGACGGCAUUGGCAGCAAAAGCAUUGUUUCUAGAGACUGUUAAAACCGACGCCGAAGGACGAUACGAGGUUAGACUUCCAUGGCUGGAAGGACAUCCAGCAUUGCCCAGUAAUUAUGGCAUUGCUAAGAAAAGACUGGAUAAUACCAUCACUAAAGUCACGAAGGAUGGUUAUUACGAACUCUAUGAUCAGGUUUUUAAGGACUGGCAAAGUGAGAACAUCAUUGAGGAGGUUUGCGAAGAUCAAACAAGUUCAAAGGCUCAUUACCUACCUCAUAGGCCCGUAAUCAAAUUAAACUCAUCCACAAAGAUAAGACCGGUAUUCGACGCUUCGGCCAGAGAAAAGGACAGUCCAUCAUUAAACCAGUGCCUUGAAAAGGGGGUUAAUUUGAUCGAAAUGAUUUCAAAUAUUUUACUGAGGUUUCGGCAGCAAAGAAUUGGGGUAGUAUCAGACAUUCGGAAAGCAUUUCUACAGCUUAGCAUACACCCAGAUGACAGGGAUUUUCUUCGGUUCCUAUGGCGAGAUAAAAAUGGCCAAGAAAUAAUAUUUCGUCAUCGUAGAGUGGUGUUUGGAAUUAAUAGUAGCCCUUUUUUGUUGGGAGCUUCGUUGGAGUACCAUUUGUCAAAGAUGUCCGAAAAAUGUGAAUCGAUGGCAGUAUCCAAGGACAUUGUAGUUAAAUUGUCAAAGGCUUUCUAUGUUGACAAUUGCGUUACUAGUGUCGCCAAUGAGGAAGAUUUGGAAUCAUUCGUCAAAGGAUCUAUCAUGAUAAUGGCUGAAGGCAGAUUUGACCUUAGAGGGUGGGAGUAUACAGGUCAAGUCCAGGGUAACUCCCGAGACCCUACAACAUCUGUACUGGGUAUCAAGUGGAACAGGGUGGAUGAUACUUUAUUUUUAAAUCAGGACAUCGGAAAUAUUGAAGAACUUCUUAGUCAGCCAGUAACCAAAAGAUUGAUGUUAUCACUAGCACAACGGAUAUUCGAUCCCAUAGGAUUCAGUUGCCCGGCAGUUUUAAUACCUAAGCUUUUAUUACAAAAAACCUGGGAAAAGCAAGUAGGUUGGGAUGUGCCAGUUAAUGGGGAAAUUGAGUCGUUGUUUAAGAAUUGGCUUAAAGAAGUACCAUAUUUGUCGACUAUUAAAAUUGCCAGAUGGAUAAAUGCUGGACCUCAAGAGGCUGAACAAUGGUCCCUGCACAUUUUUUGUGAUGCAAGUAAGGAGGCCUUCUCUGCUGUAGUGUUUUUGAGAGGGGUCGAGAAUGGUAGAGUAUUUGUUCGUCUGUUGGGAGCUAAGUCAAGGGUAGCUCCAAAGAAGGUUUUAUCUAUACCAAGGCUUGAAUUAAUGGGAGCUCUGAUUGCUGUAAGGUUAUACAGUAACAUCGUGGAGAAUUUUGACAAUAAACUGGAAGCCUUUUUCUGGAGCGAUUCAACAACAGUCCUUUCCUGGAUAGAAAGACCCGAGGAGUGGUCUACUUUUGUUUGGAAUCGCAUUUCAGAAAUAAGAAAACUCUCAGCUUCUGGCACCUGGAGACAUGUACCUGGGUUGUUAAAUCCUGCCGACUUACCAUCUCGAGGCUGCUCUAUUAAGCAAUUGGUUCAAUCAAGAUGGUGGGAGGGUCCACAAUGGCUUUAUCAAAAUCCUUUUAACACCCCCCUGGAAAGCCUUAGCUACGAUGAGGAAGAAAUUAAUAGGGAGAGGAGGAAAAAGCUGGUUACUGUCUUAAUAAAUAAUGAGCGUCAGAAAAUGUCUCUUAUGGAUUGGCACUUGGACUACUUUUCUCAGUAUUUGAAAAUUAUACGGAUGUGUGCAUGGAUAUCUCGAUUUAUUUAUAAUACGAGAAAUAAGGAGCGGCACACAGGGCCCUUAAGUACCGAAGAAAUUAAUCAAGCCGAGAUAUUUGUAUUAAGACAAGUGCAACAAGAAUUCUUUAAAGACAAUAAAAAUAGACUAAGCGGCAUGGAAGUUUUCGAAGAUAUGGAUGGCGUCAUUAGAUUAAAAUCCCGUAUAAGUAAUAGGAGUGAUUGUGACAACUUCCUUUUUCCUGUGAUAUUACCUGGUAAACAUUUUUUAGUAAACAGACUUAUUUUUGGAGAACACUUAAAGUUAGGGCAUAUUGGCGCACAAAGUUUAAUGUGUAUUUUACGGCAAAAUUUUUGGAUUUUGGGUGGUCGUCGAGCCAUUCGACAUGCGAUAUCAAAGUGCGUAGUAUGCAAGAGACACACAUCGAAGCCGGUUACUGUAAGAUCGCCACCCUUACCUAUCGGGUUCGCGAUGCUAUAGCAUUUGAGAUAACCGGUGUUGACUUUGCUGGUCCGUUAUUUAUCAAAUCGGGAGAAAAGGUAUGGAUAUGCCUUUUUACAUGUGCGGUAUAUCGGGCCGUUCAUUUGGAACUUUGUUCAUCUUUAUCGGUUGUGUGUUUCAUACAAGCAUUGCGUCGGUUUAUUGCCAGGCGGGGUCGCCCUCGGACUAUAUACAGUGAUAACGGGACAAAUUUCGUGGGUACGGACAACGCGUUUUCGCGAGUAGACUUUAAAAAAUUUGCCGAAACUAGUAGUACCGAGCGGAUCCAAUGGCGUUUUAAUCCUCCAACGGCGGCGUGGUGGGGAGGAUUCUGGGAAAGACUUGUCGGAGUGUUGAAACAAUUGUUGCGUAAAGUAUUGGGACGAGCUUUACUGGAUUACGAAAGCUUGUUAACGAUAAUCUGUGAUUGUGAGGCCAUCAUCAAUUCGCGGCCACUCACUUGUUCGUCAACCAACCCUAAUGAGUUGGUACCUUUAACCCCCAUAAUGUUUCUUAGGGAUCAGUUGGUGAGUGGUGUUCCAGAUUGUGAUGCUGUUGACCGUCACUCUCUGUCUAGGAAGGUACAGCAUAGACAGAAAUUGGCAGAGGAUCUUGGUCGAAGGUUUCGUAAUGAAUACCUAGGGCAGUUGCAGCUAUGGUCCAAGGGAAGUUCCAGUUAUCAAGUUAAGAUGGGGGAUGUGGUUUUUAUUGGCAAUAACCUAGAUAAGCGGGUUAAUUGGCCGUUAGGGAGGGUUAUUGAGCUGCUACCUGGCAAAGAUGGUGAGGUUCGAGUGGUGCGGGUCAGUACCGAAAGGGGCCAACUUUUGAGACCUGUACAACGUCUCUACCCCUUGGAAUGUGCAGAAGAGGGCUUAAUGGAUAGCAAGGCAUUGACUAGCCCUAAAUCGAGGUUGGCCGAGACAAAUGUACCCUGUGAGGACUCAAGUGAAUCUGCGGGCGAUAUCGAGACCGCGAAUCCGGGAGUGUCUAAAAGCAGAGUACCCGAACCGAACGUAGAUAAUACGGCAUAUGUUUCGCGGAGCGGUCGUACGGUUCGCGUACCGGUCAGGUAUAGGGACAAUGAUUAGGAUUACUUUUACAUAGAGUUAAUUGUUUUAUUUGUGUAGGGUAGGUAGGUAGUUGACAUUUUUAAGGCUUAUUACAUUGUUAUUAUUGAACCUACUUAUUUACAUUGUUUACAUGUUGUCUCUGUUUUAGUUAGGUGAGUCAUGUUUCUUUUGUUUUAAAAACAUGCCUCAGGUGGGAGAAUGUCACGUCAUCCUGAACGACGUCUGUCAGAUCUAUCAGUUUUUAUUUUAUUAUUUCGGUCGGUUUUAUAUUCUCGGGGCCGGGUUAAUAGCUUUUUUGCUUUUUCUGAUUUUUAUUUAAUUUUCAUACAUUACAUAGUCUUUAACCAUCUUAAAACUGCCUGAUUUUUGUUUGAUAAUAUAAGUGUUUUUUUUUGUUUAAAGUUUUUGGCUUUUAUUAUUGGACCGAACCGCGUAUUGUGUACGACGGGUAGUUUUACAUUAAUACGCACCCGACAAUUAUAUUGUCCGAUAUUUUUGUAUUGUAUAAUAUUUUAAGUUUGCUCAUGGAAAAUAUUAUCCAGAGGAAGAACCCGUUAGUGGUCCAUCGAGUGCUCCAUCAAGUAUAGUGGAUGCUCGGUUCAAUGGUAGUUUAUACAAUAGUGAAUACACACAGCCCGGACCCUCAAACAUUUCUAUGCAGAUUCCUACAGAAAAUAAAGCAUUAGAAGAACAAGUCUCUAGACGCACAAUUAAUUUUAGGCGCGCAUUUUAGACACGCCACUGAAACCAUAUCUUAAGCCCCAUCGUCAUGGAGGACGACGACGCGUCACUCUACCACGUCGCACGCCACGAGUAGCAACUCCGACUCCCUAUCGGGAAAACUAGGUGCUGCAAGACAGGUUGGCCACUUUAAUUGUGGAGGAUUGCCUUACCUUGCCUUGCUGAACAAAAACUGGUAGUGACAUUAAUCUGAGACACGCGAGGACGUGUGACCUGUCAGUAUGGCCGUGUCGUAGUGGCUGCUAAACGUCAAGCCUUAUCAAGCUUGGGUGGAAUCGAAAAAAAUAUUCUCGGGGAAGUACCGAAGUGAUGGAAGUGCUGCUUGCAUACACGGGAGUCGGGACUGAGGCAGUCACGAUUUGGCAUUACCGUCGAGAUCUCCGCGUUUAGCGAUAAACCAAUCUUUUUUUAUCUCUGUAUUUUUACAACUGUAUUUUGUUUCUUUCAAAUAAUUAUUAUUCGUGGACAGUUAGUUUGUGACUUCAUAGUACAUACUUAGUUAAUAAAGUUUUGUGCAAAGACAGUGUGUUUCGAUUAUGGCUGACAAACCCUCAGAGAGUCCCCCGACAUAUUUAUGUA